GUCAAUGCAGAGGUAGGUCCUCGAACAUUAUUUCCACGUCUGCUCAUUGUUGUAAGCACUUUGUAAUAAAUUUAAAUGAGACACGCCAGGUCACGUGCUAAUCUACAUGUCUAAUUCUUCGCCCUCGCCAACGUUAGCGGCCACCUACCCUUUCGCAGCUCAAGUAGGUGGCCAUGCGGGCGUUCAGGCAACAGAAGACAAUUCCCUUCUGCUCAAGCCAGCUCUUCCUCGUGAAAUUGACUUUUAUCAACGAAUUACCGCAGCAAGUGAUAGCGAUGAACUAUCGAAGCUUAGAAAUUGGAUCCCAAAGUUCCUGGGCGUGUUGAAGCUCGAGGGACAACUCAAAGAUUCAAGUGCAGUUGAGAAUGGAGGCGUCGGAAAUGUGGAAGUAGUUCCCGUACAUGGCAAUAUGGCGCCAGAGGAUAAAGAGCACCUCGUCCUUGAAAAUAUUGCGUACGGCUUUGUGAAGCCUUGUAUUCUGGAUGUGAAACUUGGGACUGUUCUAUACGAUAACGGCGCGUCUCCCGAAAAGCAAGCACGCAUGAUCAAAGCCGCUCAAAAUACUACUAGCGGGGAAACGGGCGUUCGCCUCACGGGAUUUCAGGUGUACAGCAACGACUCUCCCAAACCUAUCUUGACGCCCAAGUCAUACGGGAAAUCGAUCAAGAAGGAGCAGCUUCCUGAUGGUAUUGAGCUGUUCUUUCCUGUUUCGUCUGCACCUUAUCCCACACCGCCUAACCCUAUUGAGACACCGGAGUCAGACGUGUCAAAUCCAGGUCUUCCCCCUAUCCUCCUCCACUGCGUUCUCACUACACUCCAAACCGACCUAGAAGAAUUGAAAGCUAUUAUGUCGAACAUUGAGAUGCGCAUGGUAGGCGGGAGUGCUCUCAUAGUGUAUGAGGGAGAUUGGGAGCGUGCCUCGAAGGCACUUUCCACGUCUUCCGGGACUGCCACGACUGAAGAAGACGAGGAUGAUGAAGUAGAGGUCGAGAUAGAUGAAAACGGACAGAUUGUUCUAGAGUCUAUACCCGACGAAGCGAUAGAGGAAGAGGAAGAACCCCAAGCUCCUUUGUGUUCCCUCUCUCUCAUAGACUUCGCGCAUACUCGACUUAUCGAUGGUGCAGGUCCUGAUGAGGGUGUGUUAAAGGGCAUACAGACCAUGAUCGAUCUCAUUAGACAGCGGAAGGAUAAGAUCACAGCGAUGCUGCCUAGCGAAGGAUAAUUGGAUAUCGGCCAGUUAGUUGUGGUCUAGGGCAAUAUGGCGCAUAGCAUAGCGUGGAUGAUAUCCCUGUCUGGUAUGUAGCACAAAACCUUUUGUUAUGUGCUAAUGCAAAGGUGGAAUAAUCAUCGUGCCUUCCAUAAUAUGUAAUGUCAGGAUUCAGGAACGUCGGAAACGUUAUUUUGACUUCCUUUCUCCUCUCAACCUCUAUGUCGAUGGAUUUUCGCAAGUAUCGCAACUGAUAUCAAUCACACAUUUCACCGACGAAGUCAUGUAGAAUUUUAUUUUAGUUCGGACAGACUGAAAGAAGGUGGGCAGACUCCAUUGAAC